GUCGCUUGCUCCUCACUCUCUCUCUCCUGGGCUGGCUCAUGAUAUACCGUCCGUUAUAAAAGCCCAACGAGAGGAAAACACGAGAAUCUGUAUUGCUGGAAUCGCUGAGGUGCACGGCUCACACCGCACAGGGAUUUUAGAACCGUCUGACUGCCCUGGAACGUGAGAGUUUUCCUGCAGAUGAACAAUACAAUGAAGGUUGCAGUACUCCUUAUCCUAGGUUGCCUGUUGUGGGAAGGCUCGGGGUUUCCAGAGCAAGAGAAGAACCCUGUUUUCUGGAAAGAAUGGGCCCAGCGUACGCUGAAAAACGCCUUGACCCUCCAAGAGCUCAACAAGAACGUUGCUAAGAAUCUCAUCCUGUUUCUUGGUGAUGGAAUGGGUGUUCCAACAGUGACAGCAGCACGGAUUUUAAAGGGUCAACUGAAUGGCCAGAGCGGUGAGGAAACUCAACUGGAGAUGGAUAAAUUUCCCUAUGUUGCCCUCUCUAAGACGUAUAACACCAACGCUCAAGUACCAGACAGUGCAGGCACCGCCACGGCGUUCAUGUGCGGCGUCAAGGCCAAUGAGGGCACGGUUGGAGUGAGCGCAGCAUCUGUGAGAUCUCAGUGUAACACCACUCGGGGGAACGAGGUCACCUCUAUUCUCAAAUGGGCCAAAGAUGCAGGUAAAUCAGUGGGAAUUGUAACAACAACACGCGUGAAUCACGCCACACCCAGCGCAGCAUAUGCCCACUGUGUAGAUCGUGACUGGUAUUCAGAUGGGGACAUGCCACCUGAGGCAGUGCAGAGCGGCUGCAAAGAUAUCGCCAGACAACUUUUCGAAAACAUCCCAGACAUAAACGUGAUUAUGGGAGGUGGACGGAAAAGCAUGUACCCCAAAAACACACCAGACAUGGAGUACCCGGCUGAGAAGAAACACAACGGUACACGCAAAGACGGCAGAAACCUUGUGGAGGAAUGGACUGACAGAGUGAAGGAUAAGAAAGGAGAAUAUGUUUGGAACAAGAAGAAACUCCUUUCUCUCAACCCAAAUAACGUGGAUUAUCUGUUAGGUUUGUUUGAGCCAGCGGAUAUGGCCUACGAACUUGAGAGAAACGAAGAAACCGACCCUUCACUCACCGAGAUGGUGGAUAUAGCCAUCAAGAUCCUCAAGAAAAAUGAGCGGGGGUUCUUCUUGCUUGUGGAAGGUGGACGAAUUGACCACGGACACCACGAGGGAAAAGCAAAGCAGGCACUGUAUGAAGCUGUGGAGAUGGACCGAGCCAUCACUCGAGCUGGUCUCCUCACCAGCGUUUAUGAAACGAUGACCGUAGUCACGGCCGAUCACUCUCACGUCUUCAGUUUCGGAGGAUACACGCUCCGAGGGAACUCAAUCUUCGGAUUGGCGCCUAUGGUAAGCGAUGUUGACCAGAAGCCCUUUACAUCCAUUCUGUAUGGAAAUGGUCCUGGGUUCAAGGUGGUUAAUGGCGUAAGAGAAAAUGUCUCAACAGUGGACUACAAGCAAAGUAACUAUCAGGCGCAGUCCGCCGUUCCUUUGCGCAUGGAGACUCAUGGAGGUGAAGACGUAGCCAUUUUCUCCAAAGGUCCCAUGGCUCAUCUUCUUCAUGGAGUCCAGGAACAGCAUUACAUUCCUCACGUCAUGGCAUAUGCAGCCUGCAUUGGCCAAAACAAAGACCACUGCCGUACAAAAUCUGGUUCUGCCCCAUCUCUCAAACACAUCUCGCCUAUGCUGGCUGUUCUUCUCACAGUAACUUGGAUUCUGUGUUGACCCAUUUUCUCUUUUUAAUCUAUCACCAUUCCAUUAUCCUAACUGAUUUCUUCAAAUGGAGUUUAUCAUGUUUUAUAAUAUUUGAUUUGUUUUCAAAACAUUUCUUACCAGUCUAUAAACAUUGGGGCCAGUGCUCGGGCAUUAUGAAUCGUGUAAUAUGAUUUUUUUUGAGAUUUUAAUGGGAAACGAAAGUAAAAUGUGAACUAUUUUCAUAUGUGGCAUUUAGUUUUACGAUCUUACAAUACACAGUUUUAAAUGUAGAGACGUGGUUUGCAAAGUCAUGUGAGCAAUUUCACAUUCAUCUGGUAUUUUCACAUUCUGGCAUUUAGAAGACGCUUUUAUCCAAAGCUACUUAGCAAAGCCGUGAAAUGAUUCAUCAGGAGGCAACAAUAUAAGAAGUGCUAAAAACAAAGUUUCAACAGCCCCUUUCACACAUACAACCCCAGGUUUUUUUUUUGUUACCUUGUUUUCUAAACAGCUUUACAUUUACAUUUACACAUUUGGCAGACGCUUUUAUCCAAAGCGACUUACAUUGCUUUAUCCUAUACAUUUAUACAAAGGCAUGUGCAAUCCCUGGGAUCGAACCCACAACCUUGCGUUGUUAACGCAAUGCUCUUACCACUGAGCUACAGGAAAGCCAAAACAUUACUGAUUGCACGUCUGCAUGCAUUCCACAUUACAGAGAAUUACUGGCAUCUGGCACUGAUGUGUGAAUGGUAGUAAAAUGGGGAAAAGGGGAAAUCUUUUUCAUGUGUAAAUUGCAGUUGGUACAUUUACCGGAAAGGGAAAAUUUAUUGCAGAUUGCAUGUAUGAAAGGGGCUUAUUUUAAUUGGAUCGUCUGCAUGUCAAAGAUCAUCUUUGUGCACUUCAUCUGUUCUGGGUAGUAUGCACACUGCUGUAUCAAGACAGUAUAACAUGAAAAAGUUAGGUGUAAUGUCACACCCUAGUAGCUCACGUAGCUUUGCGUUCGAUGUGCGUGUUUUUAACUGGUAAAUUGUUAGUUUCAGCUGCAGUACGUCUCUUAAAUGGGUCCCUGGUGGAUGUUAGAAUGUUCUCGCAAAGUUUAUGAUACACAUAUUUGUUUAGAUGUUCAUCAAACGACUGAACUCGAUCAUUAAAAUCGGAUGCUUUCCAGAAGAUGCAUUCCAAACAACGCUGUGCUAACUGGCUAUUGAUUUUGUUACUUGAAAGUUAUAAAGUGUGAGCUUGGCCUUUUGUUUCUAUGAUUAAAUAACUAAAUAAAAGUAAACACUUUGCGCCACAGACUGUGUUUGUUACUGAACACAGAAAUCACUUGUAUUCCCAUAAUACCUUGCCUUUAUACAUUGUUACCCAUCAGUUAGCAUCUUUUGUAUUUUUCCUAAAUGCAAAUCUACCUCACUGUUAUGUGAUAUUCUACUCUAGUGAAAUCCCCAAUAGUCCCAGGCAGACAUUAUUUCACAGGCACGGUUCACCCAAAAUUGAAAAUUCUGUCUGAAUUUAGUCACCCUUAAGUUGUUCCAAACCUGUAUAAAUUGGAAAAAUGAUUGCAGCAUGUGCUCUGUUGAACACAAAAGAUAUUUUGAGUAAUUUAGGAAAGCAAACUGUUUGACUACCAUUUUAGUCUUUCCUAGUCAAUGAUGCCCCAGAACUGUCAGUUGCUAACAUUCUUGCAAAUAUCUUUGUGUACAACCGAACAAAUACAUUUAUACAGGUUUGGAACAACUUAGGGGUGAGUCAUUUAUGACAGAAUUUUCAUUUUUGGGUGAACUAUCCCCUUAAUGUACAUUUUAUUCCCCUACGAAGAACAAUUCAUGGCCAGCGAGACUUAGAUGUUUUAUUUUCUUGAAGGACUGUUUGCUUUUACAAGUGCAUACACAUUUUUUUUACACCGUAUGAAAAGUUAAAAUGAUCUUUAUUGAUGUUUAAAUUGGAAGUGCUUGCUUCUUGGAAGUGCUGUGUCCUACUUGAUCGUCCGAAUUACAGUUGAGUAUGUGCAAUUGUUGCGUUUAUAUCUGUAGUGUUCCAUGAGCUUCUCAGUGAAUGUAAUUCAGUCGAUUCAAUGCUAAUCACUGUGGUUUUUAUGUUGUAGUUUGUUUACUUUGUUUACCCGAAUUUCUUUUCGUUUGGACCUGAAUUGAAACGUGCUGAAAGAACAGACAUUGCAAGUCUCGAGAUAAGGAAACCAUUCACAAUAAAGAGAAAGAGAGAGUGG